AUGUGGAAAAGAACAAAGAGCACGGGCCAGUCCACAACCAGGCCAUGUUUCUCCCUUGUUCAUCAGUACAUUCUGCAUUUUAAUGAGGUGUCUGGCAACAAGUCAGCUACUCUCCGGAGAAGAUCUAAGACUCCUGGGGUGAUGAUCACACAGUACACGAUACGUAUGCCAGAAGGUAAAAGCACUCCAGAUUUCCAGUGCAAACCUGCCUCUCUAAUCAUUCAGGAAGGAAAAUUAGCAGUUUUUAAGGCUGUGGUGAUCGGAAAUCCAAAACCAGAUGUGUCGUGGAGACGAGCCAAAGGAUGUCUCUCAGAUAAGGACAAAUUUCAACAAAAAUAUGAUGAAUUAACGGGGGAAUACAUUUUGGAAAUCCAUAAAGUGACCGCUGCAGAGGCAGACACGUUCAAAUGCUUGGCUGUCAAUGAAUAUGGCAAAGCUGUCUGCUCAACAACAUUAAGAGUGCUUGAUGGUUCUACAAAUCCUGAAGACUUCAGAAAAUUGCUGAAGAAAAGUAUGGUGGAGAAAGCAAAUGGAGAUAAUGAUGAGAAGUUCUGGGACGCGAUGCUAAACGCUGACAGAAGAGACUACGAGCGCAUCUGUUCUGAGUACAACGUCACAGACGUACAGCUGGUUCUCAAAAAGCUUGAAGAAAAAAGAACGGCAAGAACACAAAACAAGAACAAGAAUGGUGUCAUUUCCUGUGAAGUUGAUGCAACAAACCAUGACGUCGGUGGUGUUGGGAAGACAAACAGCAUCAGAAUCAACAGGAUGUUCCAACACGACACAGGGCUGCACUCGGGGGAUGUUGAAGAAGUCAACAUGCGCAACACAGAGCUAAAUCAAGCUGCUACUGAGGACGACCUGCUCCCUACAGAGUUCAAGCUUUCCAAUGUGAAUUUUGUUGUAAAAAUUCAAGAGAUUAAAGCUGAAGAAAGAGAUGAUGCACUUUUUGAGUGUGUUCUGACACAACCCCUACCUACAAUAACAUGGAUGAAAAAAGGUGUUGCCUUGGAAGACGGGGAGAAAUAUGAGAUAACUGUGUCUGAAGAUAAACUGAUUCACAAGCUGCUGAUUAAAGACUGCAGUAAAUCCGACAAGGGGAUCUAUUCAGCAAUAGCUGGUAUGACAUCCUGCAGUGCUUGGCUGGUGGUAGAAGCUCAGAAGGAUCUUGCAUCUGGUGGUAAGAAGCCAGUUCGUAAAACUGUCCUUGCUGGUGGAGCACAAACCAACCUGGAAAAAGUGGCCAAAGAGCAGCAGAUAAAAAACCAGCAGCAAAUGGAAAAUAUCUUAAAUGCUGUAAAAGCAAAACACUCAGCAGGAAAAGCAAAACAGCAAGUCACAUUACGUAGUGGGGGAGACAUGAAUGAAAAUGAAGGAAAAGAGAGAACACGAAGCAAAAACUCAGAAGAUGGUGCUGUAAUGAACUUGAAUGAUUCGGAUUGUGAAAUGGAAGAAGGGGAGCAAGUGAAAGCAGGUGGCCUCAAGAACAAAAGACGUAGCGCAUUACGAGUCGGAUGCAAUAAGGCAACAGGUAAACUCUUCUUUUGCCCACAGUUUGGUGAUGAAUGUGCUGAUUUAAACCAGAAUCAGCCGUCAACCAUGAGCCUACAUGAAACGACUGAGUCCAGUAGCACUAAAAGAAAACAGAAGUCCCUCAAAAAUCAGAGAAAACCAAAGAAGGUUCAUUGGCAAGAUGAUAUGUCAGAUUCCAACGAACAAGAAACUGACAGUGAACUAAGUGACACUGAUGAGAACGAGAUGUCUGACCAGAAAAAGCAACAAAGAAGUUCAAAACAAAGGAUAAAGUCAAGAGACAAAGUUUCCGAUCCAAACGAACCAGCAAGUGACAAUGAACCGAGUGACACUGAUGAGAAAGAGGAUUCAGCUGAGCAGAAAAAGCAACAAAGAAGUUUGAAGCAAAGCAAAAAGUCUAAGAAAUCAGCUGAAGAUCCAAAUGAACCAGUAAGUGACAAUGAAACAAGUGAAACUGAUGAGAAUGAGGAACCGAAUGUCCAGAAAAAGAAACAAAGAAGUUCAAAGCGGAGCAAAAUGUCAAAGAAAGCAGCUGAUGGUAAACAUACAUAUCAUGAGAAACACAGUGAUGUGAAGUCUUCAGCCCGUACACGACGUAAAAGACUGACCCCUCUGGUAGAGGAUUUUGUAAUUGAUCCAGGGGUUCAGUUUGUUUGUGGCUUGUCUGAUGUCGAUGCGAUCAUCAAUGAGACGGCUGAGUUAACCUGUAAGCUCAGCAGUGAGGACUGUGAGGGAGCCUGGUUCAGAGAUGGCAAACAGAUUAUCCCAGAUGACAAUUUCUUGAUCAGUAAGGAUGGACCAAUCUAUAAACUGGAGAUAAUGAAAUGCACAGAAGAACAUUCAGGGAAAUAUCGUUUUGAAGCGGAUGGUCGUAAAACAGAAGCGAUGGUCAGCGUCAAAGAUCCUCCUCGGUUUGACCCUGAAGAACUCAAAGCUUUUACUGAGACGCUGACCGUUAAAGUGGGGCACCACGCCAUAUUCAAACUUAGGUUUGUUGGCCACAAGCCAAUAAGAAUCCAGUGGUACAGAGACGGAGAAGAGCUCCAGGAAGACAACAACACCAAAAUAGAGAAAUCAUGGAGUCACAGCCGUCUGUUCCUGAGCAGAUGCCAGAGGAAAGACACCGGAGAGAUCAAGAUAAAGCUGAAGAACGAUCACGGGUUUACUGAGGCGGUCUCUCAGCUCGUUGUACUUGACAAACCAACUUCACCUCUGGGUCCAGCAGAGGUGAUGGAGAACUCAGCUUCCUGUAUUGAAUUCAAGUGGCGGGCUCCAAAGGAUGAUGGAGGCUCACCGGUGAUUAAUUACAUGCUAGAGCGUAAGCAAGUGGGACGAAAUACCUGGAAGAAAAUAAAGGAAAAUCCAGGAGUGCCCAAAUACCGGGACACUGACGUGGACCGUGGACGAAAAUAUUGUUACCGCAUCCGAGCAGUGACGUCAGAGGGAACAAGUGAAGCGAUGGAGACUGAUGAAAUGCAGGCUGGCAAGUUUGCUUUUCCAGGUCCGCCAGCACCUCCCAAAGUGGUCAGUGCUUUUAAUGACUGCGUAAACCUUUCAUGGGUUUCACCAGCUAACACCGGGGGGUCUCGCAUUCUUGGCUACAUUUUGGAGAAACGUAAAAAGGGGAGUAACCUCUGGACUGCUGUGAAUGCAUCGGAAGAGAUAAUAAAAGAGAAGAAAUAUGCAGUGAAGGAUGUUGUGGAAGGGAUGGAAUAUGAAUUCAGGGUUUCUGCUAUAAACCUCUCAGGCGCGGGGGAGUUCAGCAACCCUUCAGAGUUUGUUUUCGCCCGAGAUCCUAAAAAGCCUCCUGGAAAAGUACUGAGCCUGAAGGUGACAGAAACGUCUUACACCAACAUGGUCGUGAGUUGGACCAAACCUGCGGAGAAGCCAGGCGAGCAGGAUGAAGCUAAAGGAUACUUUGUUGAGAUUCGGCGGGCCGAUUGCAUUGAGUGGUCCCGCUGCAACAGCACCCCCAUCAUCAUGACGUCCUUUAAUGUGAAAGGCCUUAAGUUCAUGGAUAUGUACUGGGUGAGAGUCAUUGCUGUGAAUGAUGGAGGAGAGGGUGCACCUGAGGAGCUGCCCAGAUAUGUUCUGGCAAUGCCUUUGCCUGUGAGGCCAAAGUUCACAAACAACAAGAUGAAGAGUUUCAUGGUGGUGAGGGCGGGAAACUCUGUGAGGAUCACGGUAAACUUCGAGGCCUCUCCUGUGCCAGAGGUGACGUGGUCAAAAGACAACGUGCCUGUGGUAAAGCGUGUUACGAUCAGUAACUCGGAUGGCUCGUCUCAGCUGCUGAUCCCCACUUCUGAGCGCUCAGAUUCAGGCAUCUACUCCAUCUUGGUGAAAAAUUUUGCCGGACAAGAAACAUUCAGCACAGAGGUUAGGGUAACAGAUGACCCAAAGCCUCCUGGACCUGUGGAGCUGGAGGAAAGCGUGCCUGGUACUGUGACGGUGAUCUGGAAACCUUCUCCUGACGAGAAGCGUGAUGAUCGCCUUCACUACAUGGUGUCCAAACUGGACUCAACCAAACACACAUGGACCACAGAGGCUGACAGGCUCUUCAAUAACAAGUUUACAGUUUGCAAUAUAAUGCAGGGCAGGGAGUAUCACUUCCGGGUGUACGCCAAAAACGACAUGGGCAUAUCAGAACCCUCAGAGUCACCAACAUGGGGUAUGGAGAAGAAGAAAGAAAAACGUGUCAGAACUGAACCGAUAAUAAAGGACUGGGAUUUGCGAUGUUCACCGACGUUCAUCGUUCCUCUGAAGCUUCAAACUGCAACUGCUGGUUACGAAUGCUACAUGAGCUGUGCAGUGAAGGGAAACCCCACACCGCGCAUCACAUGGUAUCGAAAUCAUGUCAGUCUAAACACUGAUACCAACUAUUACAUCUCCAACAUCGUUGGAGUUUGCUCGUUGCUGAUCCUCCGUGUGGGGCCCAAAGACAUGGGGGAGUACAACGUUGUUGCAGAAAACAGCUUAGGACGAGUCGAAUGCUCCACGGUGCUCAAUGUCAAGGAGUGA